AUGCAGUGGCGAAAGCCAAAGCUAAUUCCUGGGAGAAGUUCGAAUCGGUCGCUGAAACCUAAGGUAGAAGUGAUGCCGAGCGUUUCGAAGGAGGAAGAAAUGGAAUCCGAGCCAGUUGGCUUAGAGCCAAAAGUCGAAGAUGAAAAACUGGAUGAGGAGCCUAUGUCGAGUUGUGUGGAAGAAGGGGGCACACCUGAAGAUGCAGAAAGGUCGAUCGAAAAAAAGAAAGCCAAAAAAGAAGUUUAUGUACCGGGCAAAAGUCGACCUCUGAAAGAAGGCGAAGUGCUUGAAUUCGAUGAAUCGGCCUAUCGGAUGUUCCACCGAUUCAGAACAACAUAUCCUUGUUUAAGUUUUGACUGUCUUCGCGCUUCUGCUAACAGCGUCGUCGAGAGCUACCCCCUUACGUUUUACAUGGUGGCCGGAACGCAGACAGAAGUCGUGAAACAAAAUUCCGUAGUGCUGUUCAAGUUGAAAAACAUGGGCGAACUGAUCCACGAAGACAGCAGCGAUGACGAAAAUAGCUAUUUAAGCUCUGAUGAAGAAACCAACAAUGAGGCAGCUGACAAACCUAUGCUCACCUUUGUGAACAUUCCGCAUCGCGGGGGCAUCAACCGCAUCAAGGUAUUCAUAGCCAUCCCGCUUUCACGUCUGAGAGGCGUUAUAGUAUUUAGAUGCAUGAAUUACGAUGGAGUAAUUGUACUAAACAAUGGCUGCACAUCGUUUUUUUUUAGAGUAUUCGAUCAGGAUGGCCCUUUUUAAUC